CUAGAGUGAAGCUGAUGGACUGUCUGUGGACUCUAAAGCUACAUCUAUUGAUAUGGUUUAUUGAAUGGUUCAAAAUAUAACCGGAGAUUCGAGAGAGUCUCUAUGGAUCUCCAAUGUGAGCGACCAACAGGAAAAGAACAACUUCAUCCUUCCAAGGUGGUUCCAAAGAAGUUCCAUCCCAAAUUUACCCUGAUGAACGUCCAAAAUUAACAUCUAGGAGUCCGACUGAGUCCAGACACUGCCGGAAAGGCUGCUGGCACAAGAACAAGAAGCCAUGGCAAGUGGAUACCGCAAGUUAUUACCACUGGCGGUGGCUCUCAUAGCAGCCCAAUUGGUCGCCACGUACACCUACAAAAACUGCAUCGAAGAGAUGGGCUCAGAGAAACGCAGUUUCAGAUGCAUGAACCGAAGGGACGCCAACAUAUCUGCCAUUUUGGACGGCCUCCCAAAGUCGGUCCUCAAUCUAACCAUCAUGGCUAAUCCUAUCCGGCACAUUCCAGACAAGACCUUUACUCGUUUCGAGAACCUUCAGCGGCUCCGACUGGACUGUAACCAUUUGAAUGCUAUCGACAACAACGCUUUUCACAACCUAAAUCAUCUUCAGUAUCUCAAUUUGUCCUUUAACAACAUAUACCAACUUAGCUCCUCCCCUUUUAAGAGCCUACACAAUCUCACGUUUCUCUCGCUGAGAGGCAAUAAAUUAAAGCAGUUGCCUGAGGGUAUUUUCUCAGCUCUCCUCAAGCUUGAAACUUUAGUCCUGGAGAAAAACCUCCUAACCAACUUCACCAGGAUAGUUGAGUCUGUGUCCAACUUAAAGAAACUCCAGACACUUAAACUUUGUCGAAACAAUUUCACCUCUCUAGUCCACUCCAAUACUGUUUCGCUCCCUAAAUCCCUCGAUAAAUUAUACAUCUGUAAAAAUAAUCUGUCCACAUUAGGAUGUCACCGUUCCUUCCUCGGGUAUGUCCAGAUUUUGGAUCUGUCCUACAAUUCCCAACUCCCCGCAAUGGCAUUUCAAGACUUGGACCUGGCAAACAUCAACUACCUGAACUUGCGGUCAACAAGUGUGAACGUAGCAAAGCUCCUGAACAUCAGCAACAUCGGCGUUCAUCACGUGGAUUUUACUGGCACGGGUCUGAGUGACACAGGUCUGCUUAUUGAGCUUUGCAAGUUGCUGAGCAGAAAAGCAAAGAGUAUUCCGAACUUGCGUCUGGGCAAUAACGGCAUAAGUAAUAGUAACCUAAGAAAAGACACACUGUCCUACUGUCCGAAGAUCACCGCAUUUCUGGAUCUAUCGCAUAAUAAUCUGAAGAGCUCAGAGAAAAACAAUGACUUAAAUUGCUUUGUUUUUCUGCAAAAUAGUCAUAAUCAUCUAAAAACAAUUAGUUAUGAGCAUAACCACCUGAGAACCCUUUACUCUUGCAAUACAAAGCAGGUUCUGCCAUUCUAUAAGAUGGAAGAGGUAACCUUCCGCUAUAACCGCAUACUGGUCGUCCAAGCUGAUGCUUUCAGUCACACCCCAAAUCUGAAAACCCUAAAGUUAAACAUUAACACAAUUGCUUUUCUCGAUCAUAAAGCGCUCAAGGGACUCACAAGACUCAAGACGCUCCGUUUGGACAAUAACCUUUUAACAGAUCUGUACAAUGACACCUUCGAAGACCUGUUUGCUCUGAAAACACUCAACCUACGCAACAAUCGUAUAGCGGUCAUUUUCAACGGGACAUUUCUCAGUCUUGGCAAUCUGACAAUUUUGGACCUCGGAGGGAACAAAAUCACUCAUUUUGAUGUAUCCGGACUUGAGGGACUCAAAAGCCUCUCAAAUUUAUAUCUAGAUGGAAACUGUCUGAAACGGAUCGAGACUUGUUUGCAUUUUGUAUUCUAUGAUACACUGACAGUGUUGGACUUGGAAAGAAAUCAAAUUCGCUUCCCCAAAAAAAGUGUCAGUUCGCCCUUCGUGAAUCUGAGUCAACUUAAACACUUGAAAUUAGGUGGCCAGGUUCUGUAUGGCAUUUCGGUUUUGCCGUACGCUUUCUUCCGUGGCCUCCAGAACCUGGCCUCACUUUAUCUCAGCAAUAAUCAAAUCUCUUACAUUCCUCCCGAUGCCUUUGACGACCUGACAGGUUUGAAUUUCCUUACGCUGCAAAAGUGUUGUGAUGUGAAUAUGCCGCUGCCAUCGGGAGUCUUUAAAAACCUUCGGAAUUUGUCCAUAUUAGAUUUAGAGAAUGCUGGCAUUCAGAACUUUUCCAAAAAGGUUUUCGGAAAUCUCACCAAGUUAAAUAAACUGCAGCUCAACCACAACGGGAUGCAAAGCAUCGAUAUGCAGACAUUGGAGAGUCUUACCAAUCUGCGCUACUUGGACAUACGGAACCUGCCUCUCAGUUGCACGUGCAGCAACAGGCUGUUGCAAAACUGGACGCUUCAUAAUCCGGAUGUCCAGGUGGUGUAUCUUUAUAAUCUGCCGUGCCAACAAGGCGAGAAAGACAACUUCUACAACUUUGACACCAAAGUCUGCUUCAUUGACCUUGAGGGGUAUCUUUUCUUGAGCACAGCUUUAGUUACUGCUCUGUUCACAACCUGUACGCUACUUUACGUUAAACUUUACUGGAAACUGAAGUACAGCUACUACGUGUUUUGUUCCUGGUUCGGUGACCAAUGGCGUAGGUUCAAAGAGGAGGAAGAGAAUUGCACUUAUGAUGCAUUUAUUUCCUAUAACUCCAACGACGAACAAUGGGUCAUGGAGCAGUUGCUGCCCAACCUGGAGGGCAACGGUUCGUGCUUUAAACUCUGCCUACAUCAUAGAGACUUUGAGCCCGGACGAGAUAUCGUGGACAAUAUCGUCACGGCCGUGUACGGUAGUCGCAAAACAAUCUGCGUUGUGAGCAGGAAUUUCCUCCAAAGUGAGUGGUGCUCCCUGGAAAUCCAACUGGCCAGCUACCGGUUAUUUGACGAGCACAGAGACGUCCUACUGUUGGUCUUCCUGGAACCAAUCACCGAGCACCAAAUGUCUUCCUAUCACCGCAUGAGGAAGGUCAUGCUGAAGAAGACAUAUCUGCGGUGGCCUGGCUCAGGAGGUAUUAACCCACUUCAGGCCCAAGAGCUGUUCUGGAAGCAGCUUCGCAAGGCAAUGAGGACGGGCAGCAAAGUGGAAACGGAGGACGAUGACAUCGGGGAAGGUGGCGUGACUCUGGACAAUUGUGAUUUCGGAGAUUCUGACACUCAGACUCUGAUUGCGGAUGAAAACUUUUAUAUUUCUUAAAAUGUGAUUGCUAUAUUAAUGCAAUGCUUUUAUUGUUGUAUGAAAGGGGAACCCUCAAAGUCAAAAAUAAGUCAUUCCAUUAGACUAGAGCUGAAACAAUGAAUCGAUUGCCCGAUAAUGAACCACUAUUUUGGUAUUCUAUUCAUGAUUUUUUUUUUUAUUUAUAAAAUAUUAUUAAAAUUUCAGUCUCUGAAAUGUGAAUAUUUUUUUAUUUCAUAAAAGCAGACCUAUUAUAUUUGUGUUUUAGGCUAAAUAAGAUUCACACACAAGCUUUGACUAUGAAAACAGAAAACUCUUACACAUGAAACCACUGUUUGUUUAGUUCAUAUUGAUUUGGUGGUCGGAAACUAUCAUCAAAAGAGACAUUUUGCCUAAUAUUCAAUUUUAAAAAAAUGUCAGGAGCCACGAAAUAUUACAUAACUUAUAAAUUUGUAAAAAUGUUACCUGUGUAAACUACAAAAAAAAUAAAUAAACAGAAGUACGUAUAUCAGUGUUGUUGUGUUAAUAACCAUUCAA